UAUAGGUGGCUGUGGGUUGGUAACCGUGACAAAAUAAAGUAAAUUUUUGUCCAAAGUUUUGAUGAUUUGUUUAUUAUUUUAUUAAAAAUGCAGUAGGCACGAUUAUUUUUGUGUGGGAAGUUCAAGUAAUCAGUAUUUGUGUGUUUAGGUUUCCACGAUGAUGAUACAAAGAUCCAGUGUCUAGAGGAGGCAGCAAGAUGAAGAAACAAUUUUUCCGAGUCAAGCAGCUUGCUGACCAAACCUUCUCCAGAGCCGGGAAGACAGAAGUGUUAUCAGAUGACCUUCAGGCGGCUGAUAAGAGGGUGGAGUUCAUCCGAGUGGCGUGUCAGAACACGAGCAAGAAACUGAGUGGCUCCCUCCAGACCCAGGGACAGGAUGCCACUGCCAAGGAGAAAAGACUGAAAAAGAAUGCAGAUUACCAGUUGGGGAUUGCUAUGCUAGAGAGUGGAAACUGCGAAGAGGAUUGUUUGUUGAGGACUGUGAUAUCGGAGUGUGGCAAGCUGGAGAUGUGUCUGGCUAAUGCGUGUGUGGACCAUGAGGCCCGAGUAGAGACUGGUGUGUUAGCGACACUACAGACUGUGGUGGAGUCUGACAUACCCACCAUCAUGAAGCACAAACGCCACCUCAACAAGCUCAUACUAGACAUGGACAGUGCUAGAACCAGGUAUCAAACAGCUCAAAAGCACAACAAUUAUUCGCAAGGAAACAAAGUGGAGUCCAUCCGGGACGAGUUGGAGGAGGCGGAAACCAAAGUAGAACAGUGUCGGGACACGCUGGCCUGUGAGAUGUUCCAGCUGAUGGCCAGAGAGACUGAGCUGGCCACCACUGUUCUGGAGUAUGCCAGGCUACAACGGUCGUACCACCAGACAGCAAUGGCCACUCUGGAUGAAAUGAUUCCUGAGUUGGAGUCCAACAUUUUGGACUGGAGUGUGAAGCCUGUGUUUGGAGUGUCACUGGAGGAGCAUCUGAGAGUGACUGGUCGUAAGAUCGCCUACCCUAUAGAGCUGUGUGUGUGUGCUCUCAGUGUGCUGGCCAUGGACGAGGAGGGACUGUUUAGAGUAGCUGGGGGAGCGUCCAAGAUAAAGCGGAUGAAGCUGAGUUUGGACGCCAACUGCUUGAGCUUGGAGACUGCGCUAGAGUAUCGGGACCCUCAUGUGAUAGCCUCGGUGCUCAAGAGCUACCUGCGCCAGCUCCCUGAACCUCUCAUGACUUACCGGCUUCACGACCAGUGGAUAGCUGCUGCCAAAGCACCAAACGACACCAGACUACAAGCUCUGUGGUCGGUGGUACAGCAACUGCCUACUGCAAACCUUGACAACCUGCGUUACCUUGUCAAGUUCCUAGCCUUGCUCUCUCAGAAUCAAGAGGUCAACAAGAUGACGCCCCAGAACAUAGCUAUUGUGGUUGCCCCCAAUCUACUUUGGUCGCCCAACGACGACGGCAACAACAUCGGUAUGAACAUGAACACAGCCAGUCUACACAGCAUCAUAUUGGACAGCCUAGUCACCUACAGUGAUUACUUCUUUCCCGGGGAGUACAACAUGUUUGUCACAUUUACUAGAGACCAGGUAGUCAAUGGCCACACCAGGGCUGGCAGUGGAGACACCCAUCUGAUCAACACUGCAGACUCUGGUAUGAAGAGGACGCAGUCAAACAGUAGUCUGUCUGAGGACCAGAGCAGUCCACCACAGGGGAGUCCAAAGCCAAUGUCAAGAAAUAGGAAAAACAAACCAGCCCCUGUCCCACCUUCAAACCCUCCCAAAGAUACUGGGAAAGAAGCCAGUUCCAGUAGAGAUUCUGGAAAAGAAACCAAUCGUGGUGGUAAAAAAGAAACCAAUUGUGAUACUAAGAAAGGACCUUUAUCUAAUUAUGAAUCGGUGAUGUUAUUAAAAGAGUGUAAAAACUCUGAAGAUUCUAGUCAAUCUGCGACCGCCCCAGUUGUUGAAAAUCCCUCUCAAGUUUUUAUUGGGUUCGAGAGACUUGUGGUGGAAAAAACUCCAGAAGUCGGUGAUAAAAAACAGGAAGACAAAGAGAAGAAAGGAGAAGAAGAGGAAAAGAAAGUAGAAACUAUUCAGGGUGAAUUAAAAUCUGUGACAGGAACAAAAGAAGAAAAUUUAACCCAAAGAAGUUCAGCAGAGAGUACACCACUACGACCGCUGGAACCAGUCAAACCACCGCCCAAACCUGAGAAGCCAGAGUUCCGUGGGUCUGCUGAGCUAGUGUAUGGAACCUUGGAGCGUAAACGACCGCCCAGACCUACGCCAGCGCCUCGCACUUCCCUGGUGGAGCCUGGAGAGAAGCCAGCAAUUCCAGAGCGACCCACGACUCUGCAGAGACCGCUCAGUAGCUCGUUCAGACACAGCAGGAACUUGGAGAUGGACUCGGACAAAUGUGGGGAUCAGGGCCCUGUCUCAUUGGAGAGAGCUCAUGUAUACUCAGUGGAUAAGCAACAAGUUUCCAUCAUCCAAGUAACAGGAGACAAGGAAUCCAGGAUUCAAGAUUGGUUUCCUACUUUUGUUAUGUCUUUGGUGAGGUUUAAAAAGAGGAAGGACAGUGGGGAGAAGCCAGAGAGACCCCCGAAACCUGAGGCAUUGGCUGUCUCGGGCCACAAUCCUGGACACAAACGUACUGCAUCCGAGGGCAAUAUUGUGGACAACGGUACAGGACCUCUUAAAUCGCCAGUGAACCCUUCAAGACCACCCCGACCCAUGCCCCCACCUCCUCCCACACCUAAGGCUCGUGAAAGCACUGACCUGUGACAGCCUCAGUGGAGAGUGUUUCCUCGCUUGCUCAAACGUUCUGCUUGACCAUACAAUCGCCUUAGACAAUUGGCAAGUUGCAGUUACCCCUAUACAGUCUUCUUGUGUACUUGUAAGAGUGAAAUAACUAAGGUAAACAUUAUUUGUUAUUUGUUGUAUGCAGCGUGUUUUGUAAACAUAAGAAAUAGUGUAAACUGUAUUUUUAUCAAUUCUUAAAUUCUCUUUUAAAAGAAAAUAUUUGUGUCCUGAAAAACUGGAAAAGUUGCAGAUUUUUUAGGUUCAAUUUAGUGCAAUGUUGUUAUUUUUCAUUCAAUUGGUUCUAUGGUUCAGUCAGUAAAAAUUAUAUUUUUAAAAGGUCUUAUUUGAAUUGUAAGUAUGUAGGCUGGGUAAAAGUAUAGUUUAAAUACUCCAUUUUGCAAAAAGAAGUUUGCUUUCAACACUUAUCAAAUUAAAAUUGUGUCCUUCCUUAUAUAGAUUGAGACCCAAACAAAUAAAUAUAUUUUUCUCACUUAAAGUUUAAUAAUACUAUACUUAAUACUUGAGUGUCAAAAAUCUAAAAGAUUGUCCAAUGUUCAACAUAGUACAAAGUACAAAAAAAAUUGUUUUCAGUUGAAUUAAUGAGUCAUGAAAAAGAUCAUAAUAAUUCUAAUGAAUUCAACAUUGAAUCGACAAUUUAACAACAUUGUACCUCAUACUUGCUUUCAGCUUUCAUUAGUUAAUCACCUAGUUAAUCGGUUAGUACACUAGAUAAUUAACAAAUCCAGUGUUUUAAUGUUCAAAACUAUUUGUCAAAGUUUUAUCGAUCCGCUUUAAAAUAAGUUGUUUUUAAUACUAGGGUAGUUUUAAAAUAGUCGCACAAAUAUCCAAUUCAAUAGUAGAAAACAUUGUCUGUGAUAGAUAUAGAUUCAGGUGUAAAGCAAUAUUCAGAACUAAAAUACCACAUUGGUUGCUAAACAAUUAUUGUUUAGUUCAUUAAUAAUUAUUUGCCUCCUAUGGGUAAUUAAUUGCAUACAUAUUUCUUUGUGGGGAUGUUGUUGCCUAGGGGUAUACAGCCCAAUACAGUUCUGAAAAGUCAUUACCGUACUUAGAGUAUCCUAUAAAAGUAGUAUAUUAUUCAAAAAAUUUAUAUUUUCCAACGUAACCAUCUUGUCUUUUAGAUAUCGCCAACUUCUUCAUAUGAACCUGAUAUGCCAUGCUUAAGUAGUUAGGUAGUAUUUUUCACCCUGAGUUUUUAAUUUAUAUAUCUCAUAAAUUUGCCAAGAAUUAUGAGACAAGUAGUUUAUUUUAACGAUGAUGGAUUCCAAUUGCUGAAAUAUUCAGACUGAUUUUUUGU